AGUCGAUUCCCCUCCUCUUCUGAAAAAGCACAUCAUGGCUUCUCUGGGAUUGCCCGCAGACGUUCGUGCCACGGCCGACGGUACUCGCCGAUUGUUCAACAAAUGGUCCUACGAGGAUGUUGAAGUGAAGGAUAUUUCCCUUCAGGACUACAUUCAAGUCCGUCAGCACGUGUACUUGCCCCACACUGCUGGUCGCUUCGCUGUCAAGCGUUUCCGCAAGGCUCAGUGCCCCAUUGUUGAACGUUUGACCAACUCGCUCAUGAUGCACGGUCGCAACAACGGCAAGAAAUUGCUUGCUGCUCGCAUUGUCCAGCACGCUUUCGAGAUCAUCAACUUGUUGACCGACCAGAACCCCAUCCAGGUCCUUGUCGAUGCUAUCAUCAACACUGGUCCCCGUGAAGACUCCACCCGUAUCGGUUCCGCCGGUACCGUCCGUCGUCAGGCCGUUGAUGUUUCUCCUCUUCGCCGUGUCAACCAGUCCAUCGCUUUGUUGACCACCGGUACCCGCGAAGCCGCUUUCCGCAACGUCAAGACUAUUGCCGAAUGUCUUGCUGACGAACUUAUCAACGCUGCCAAGGGUUCUUCCAACUCGUACGCCAUCAAGAAGAAGGACGAACUCGAACGUGUCGCCAAGUCUAACCGAUAA